CCCACCAGGUGAAAGUGUUUCAGGGAACACAGAAUGGAACUGACAUUAGGUCACACUUGGAAUGGAUGUUGACAGAUGGCCUUGGGUUAUGCGUUUGAUUGGAUUGUAACAGUCGAGGUUAUCCCUGUGAAUCACAAGGCAUUCCUUUACGCUCCGGGAUGGUGGUGAGGAGGUGGACAGAACCCAGUCACAGCUGGUCAGAGUGGUGAGAUAUGGGCCAGGCAACAACAAUGAUGACAGCUAUGUCCUGUCCAGGGUUACACUUGGGGUCGGGGUAGGUGCUCAGAAGUCGGUUAGAUUGGAGGUAGGGAGAUGUGGAGGAAGCAAGGAAUGAGUAGAAGGGACAAAAGGGGGCAACGGGAGGGAUGCAAUGGAUGGAAUCCUUUUGAGUACUUUGUCUAGAGACCAGUGAUGAGAGAUGGGUUAUUCUGAACCCAGUAUAGCUGUGAUGUCAUUUGCUGAUGAUGAUAUUUGAUUGACAGGUGAAGCUAGAGGAUGCCCUGGCCGCCAGGGAGAACCCAAUGAUCAAUGACAUCAGAAAAGAUGAGAGUGAUUUCAGUCCCAGACUUGAGGACAGUGUCAUUGGUGUCCCAGAGCAGCCUCCUGCUGAUCAGGAUGUCACCUGGUUGAAACCCUGGAGGAGCCACAGGGAGGCACCUGAUCAAGGUGAUUCUCCAAGUGCCUUGCAGAUUGCCAACAGAACCCCCCUGGCCAUGAUGGAUAUAUCUCCUUCGCCUCCCACAACCGUCGACAUUGGUGACCUGAGUGAUGUCCUGAACUUCACACCUGAGCUCCACUUUAUCCCAGCCCCCGUUGCCAUGGUGGAAGUCGACACCCCCCUUGAAUCUUUAUCCCCACCUGUCUAUUCAGAGGACACCCUAGAUGCCACCAUCGUAAGCAGCUUUGAACCUGUUGCUGUCCCCAUCCUUGAACCUGUGGAUGCCCCUAUCGUGGAUCACCCCAUCAUGGAUGUCACCAUUGUGAACAGCCUUGAACCUCUGCAAGCCACAAUUGUGGAUGCACCGAUCAUGAGCAGCCUUGAACCAGUUGAACAUGCGGAUGCCACUGUCAUUAAUGACCUUGAUAUCCUGAAUGCUCCAGUUGGCUUAGAGAACCUGGAUGCCCCAGUCAUCAACAGUCUUGACACACUGGUGCUGGACACCCUCAUUGUAAACAGCCUUGAACCUGUGGACAUCCCUGUCAUCAAUGACCUUGGCACUCCAGAUCCCCAAAUCGUAAAUAUUCUUUACACCCUGGAUCUGGAUGCUCCCAUAAUAGAUGUCCCCAUUGUGGACAGCCUUGCACCUGUGGAAUUCCCCACCAUGAAUGACAUUGACCUCCUGGAGGCCCCUGCGGGCCUCAGCUCCAGCUUUAACCCUCAGCUUGAAGUAGAGGUUCAUGUGGAGGGUGAGGGCCAGAACCAGGGGCUUUCUCUCUAUGUCCGACCCCAGCAUACCUAUGAGAUCAUUGGGGAGCCCAAUCCUAAUGAACACUCUGUGGAAGUGGACCUGGCAACAGCAAGCUCUCAAACCAUAGCUGAACUGGUCAAUAAAUCCACCACACAUUCUGACAAUGACACAACCACAAUCACUGAGCCAGCGGACCUGGCAAGCCCCGGCUUUGAGACUAUAGCUGAACUGGUCCAGGAUUCGAGUGCAACCACACUGCCUGAUGAUGACCCUAUCACAACCACAGUCACAGAGCCAGGGGAUCUGAUAACCCCUGAGUAUGAAACCAUAGCUGAACUGGUCCAUAAAUUGAGCGCAACCACACUGCCUGACGAUGAGCCAAUAACAACCACAGUCACAGAGCCAGAAGGGCUUGACCUUACAAGCCCUCUCUCAUUGGUAGAGGAGGGUUUCUGUGACAGGGGGUGGAAUCCAAUGUACGCUAGAGUGAGAAGGAAGCUUAGUAAAAGUACCACCCCACCCCCGGUGCUUCCAUCGGAGGAUGAGGAACCGGAGGGAUUUUCACCUCCAUUACCAGAGAGAAGUGGAGAGAUGGAGGGAUGAUCAUCGUGAAUAUCUCACAAGACUUAAUGUGUGUCACGUCAUCAAUUAUAUUUAUAUAGACUCAGCUGUGUCAUUUCUAGAUGUAACAUGUCUCAGAUGAUGAAGAUAAGGGUUGUACCCAGUCCACAUCUUAAACGAUCUCAUGAGACAGGUAUCUCACUGUCCUAUCCUUCACACCAUUUCCAGUCCUUUCAUUAGCUUAGCAUUAAACUCUGUACAAUGCUAUGCUACAUAUUCCAUAAGGAAGGAUCCUAAGCCCAGAGUAGAACUGGGUCACCUAACAUGUUCCAGAGUAGGCUUUAUGUUUGUAUUUACUAACACAUUACAGGGUGAAGUGGCAGUAACGCAGUAAUAAACCAUUGAGUUACUAGUUUCCUUGAGAUUCAUUCAAAAGGGUCCACUUAACACUCUUUCCCUCUCUAGAAUUACAAACAUUAUACUUUAAUGACAAUAGUGGUGCACAAAGUAAAUGGACAACAUUAUGGGCAUGUCCAAAUACCCAUACUUAAAUAGAAGGCUUUUUGGGUAUGCAAAAAUGUGUUGUCAUUUUGAAAAUGUAGUAUGAUUUAAGUGCAAGGAUGUCAUACUAAUUUUGGCUUUAAAUCAAUUAGAAUUUGCGCGUGGAGAAUGACAGAGGACUCCAGUGGCCAAAAACGUGUUUUAUCAUGGGCAUUGGGGACUUUCCCCAUUUUGAAGUAGUUAACUGGGUGGGAUAUAUAUAUCAUAUAAUUCCAUACAGGUCCAAGGAUGGAUCAGCCAAUGAAUUAUACUUGUGCGCAAACAUUCCACAACUGUUGUGGCAGUAAAUCACCAACCUUGGCUUUAUACCUGUUCAGACAACACACUCCGGAUGUCAGUAUGCAACCUUUCAGUUUGUUUACCAACUGUACUAAAAUAUACUACUUUAAAAUGGAGAUGCCUCAAUUGUGCCAUAAUGGGACAGAUACAAUGUUGUGUCCUCUAUGAAUUUGCUGCACACGAUUGAGGAAGAUAAUUAUCUUUUCACACAAGUAUUUGACAACAGCUGAUAAUCAGAAUAGGGGACACGCUCUACAAAAAUGUACAAAUAGCAGGGAACAAGUGCGUUUGAGCAUUCGAUGCCACCUUUUCAGUAUGGCUGAGUGGUAUGUUGAUAUUUGUUGCUUACUGCAUACAUUUCUACUAAACAGUACAUUGUAAAUAGUAUGUUGUAAUAUUAGUACACAGUAUGUAGUUUUAGUAAAUAGUGGGCAAGUAGGCAUUUCCAUUUAUUUAUUCAAAGCUUUACUGGCGAGGGGUAAAACCAACCAUUUAGAAUUUAUGUACAAUAUAAAACAAAUAUAAAUUCAGUGUUGUAAGAUGUCUGUCAUUAUUAGAGCAUAUAGGCUGAGCAGAAUGAAAUACAAGAGGACAGAUGAAAUUCAGCAUUACAAUACCACAUUGAAAUCUGUACCUCAUUCAUAACAACAAUUUAAACACAUAUCAGAAUUCCAAUUCAAAAUAUUGUGGAAGUGCUUCUGUGUGCAGAUGCAAUAAAUGUUUCUCACCACAGUGGGGAAGUACAGCUCACUAUCUCUUACUGGAUUUCUCUCUGUCAGUGGAAAGUGAGAUGCCAAAGAAUGUGCCACAUUCAGCCCCUCUAAAACCCUGCUGAAUACUGUGCAUUCCUUCUGAGGAAGGGUGGGGACACCGCUAGAACUGUGGUCAGGAAAUGAAACUUAAAUACACAUCCCUAGCACAUACCUUUUAAAAGUAGACAUUGAGAGAAAAAUAUGCCUUUUGCACAAGUAAUAUAGCAUGUCCAUAAGCCUUGUUGAAAUAAGUGAAGUCUUUGAGCUGUUUUACUCUAGACAACUGGGAAAUCGAGAAUAAAUUAGCUCAGACUGGGAAAAUACAUUUUGAACGGUCAUCCACCUCAGAAUUGUAAAUCCGGCCUCUUUCUGGAGCUACGACUUGAAGAUCAAUGACGUUAUCAUGAUUCGGCCUUGUUUGUUUCCGAGUUCCCAGUUGUUUUGAAAGCAACAUAAAUCCAGAGAAUGCCAGACUUUUUCAUUUGCAACAUUAAGACUACAAAACUACAAGGACAAUGCUCAAUGCCAAAUGUUUUGUAAGACCGAAUUGUUUCUGCAGCAAUUUUGUGCGCUGACACAAUGUUGAAUCCCACAUUGGAAUAGAACACUUGAUGAUUCUGUCUAUUACACAUUGAUAGACAUAUCCAUGGAGAUAAUUAAUAGUUUAUUAGAUUGGUUGGUGUCUGUAGCCCUGCAUGGUUCUGCAAAUGCAGUAUUUCAUUUAUUUAUAUAUAUAUACAGUACCCGUCAAAAGUUUGCACACAUCUACUCAUUCAAGGGUCUUUAUUUUUGGUAUUUUCUAAAUUGUAGAAUAAUAUUGAAAACAUCAACACUUUGAAAUAACACAUGGAAUCGUGUAACCAAAAAAGUGUUAAAAAAAUCAAAAAUAAAUGUUAUAUUUGAGAUUCUUCUAAGUAGCCACCCUUUGCCUUGAUGACAGCUUUGCACACUCUUGGCAUUCUCUCAACCAGCUUCAUGAGGUAGUCACCUGGAAUGCAUUUCAAUUAACAGGUGUGCCUUGUUAAAAGUUAAUUUGUGGAAUUUCUUUCCUUCUUAAUGCGUUUGAGCCAAUCAGCUCUGUUAGCCCUAUUUGAUAAAAGACCAAGUACAUAUUAUGACAAGAACAGCUCAAAUAAGCAAAGAGAAAUGACAGCCCAUCAUUACUUUAAGACAUGAAGGUCAGUCAAUCUGGAAAAUGUCAACAACUUUCUUCAAGUGCAGUCGCAAAAACCAUCAAACGCUUUGAUUAAACUGGCUUUCAUGAGGACCGCCACAGGAAAGGAAGACCCAGUUACCUUUUCUGCAGAGAAUAAGUUCAUCAGAGUGCACCUCAGAUUGCAGCCCAAAUAACUGCUUCACAGAGUUCAAGUAAGAGACACAUCUCAACAUCAACUGUUCAGAGACUGCGUGAAUCCAGCCUUCAUGGUCGAAUUGCUGCAAAGAAACCACUACUUAAGGACAACAAUAAGAAGAGACUUGCUUGGGCCAAGAAACAUGAGCAAUGCACAUUAGAAUGGUGGAAAUCUGUCAUUUGUUCUGAUGUCAUUUGUUCUGACCAGAAAUUUUUGGGGUUUCCAACCGCUGUUUCUUUGUGAGACGUGGAGUAGGUAAACGGAUGAUCUCAGCAUGUGGUUCCUAUCGUGAAGCAUUGAGGAGGGGGUGUGGAGGUGCUUUGCUGGUGAUAUUGUCUGUGAUUUAUUUAGAAUUCAAGGCACACAACCAUCAUGGCUACCGCAGCAUUCUGCAGCGAUACGCCAUCCCAUCUGGUUUGAGCUUAGUGGGACUAUCAUUUGUUUAUCAACAGGACAAUGACCCAAAACACACCUCCAGGCUGUGUAAGGGCUAUUUGACCAAGAAGGAGAGUGAUGGAGUGCUGCACAUGUUUACUACAUGAUUCCAUAUGUGUUAUGAAAAAUAGUACAAUUAAAGAAAAACGUUUGAAUGAUUA